ACGCACCUCUACAAAUUUUGAAAUUUUGUCUUCGUUCGUCGUCCACGGUGGCACAUCAACACAGCGAAUGAGAAUGAAGCACACCUUUAUAAUUUUUCUCUCUGCCUUAAUUGUGCUCGGCAAUUGUGAUCCACAUUGUGGAUACGAGGCUUGCCCGAAAAUUGAUCCGAAAUUGUUCACUGUCCACUUGGUGCCUCACACACACGAUGACGUGGGAUGGGUCAGAACUGUCGAUGAAUAUUAUUACGGAGGAAACGGAGUUAGAGGCAUUUUCGAGGGAGUUGUAAAUGAAUUAAUGAUCAAUGAGACUAGAAAGUUCAUUUGGGUGGAGACGGCGUACUUUUGGAAGUGGUGGUCCGAAACGAACAAAGACGAUUUGAAGGAGAACGUGAAGAAAUUGGUUGCCAACGGACAGUUGGAGCUGACUGGCGGCGCGUGGAGCAUGAAUGACGAGGCAGUAAAUCACUACCAGAGCACCAUCGACCAAUUCACCUGGGGCUUCAGGCGCCUCUCGGACGUUUUUGGUGAUUGCGGUCGUCCGCACGUCGGCUGGCAAAUCGACCCCUUUGGCCACUCUCGCGAAACGGCUUCUCUGAUGGCCCAACUGGGAUUUGACGCACUCUUUUUUGCACGUCUUGACACAGACGACAAGGCGCACAGAAUAGAGACCAAGACCAUGGAAAUGAUUUGGCGCGGCAGCAAAAACCUUGGUGAGGAAUCUGAUCUGUUCACCGGCGUCUUGUCUGAAGGCUACACUGCUCCUCGAGGUUUCUGCUUCGACAUUUAUUGUCCCGAUCAUGUAACCGAAGAAAACUAUAAAGAAAAGGUGGUCCAGUUCGUUCAAAUCGCCAAAAGACAAGCGGACACCUACAGAUCGAACAAUGUCAUUUGGACCAUGGGCGCCGAUUUCGCUUACACUGUCGCGAAAAGGUGGUACUCAAAUUUGGACGUUUUAAUCCGACAUGUAAACGAAAUAUCCCACGAGACGGGAGUGGCUGUCGCGUACUCGACCCCGUCGUGCUACCUGCAAGCGUUGCACGCUGAAAACCGCACUUGGCCCGUAAAGGAGGACGACUUCUUCCCUUACGCCAGCGAAAAGCACACGUACUGGACGGGAUACUUCACGUCCAGACCCAAUCUAAAGAAGUUCGAGCGAGACGGCAACAAUCUUUUGCAGGUUUGCAAGCAAAUGCACGUUAUCGCGAGCAGUGGUGAAAGCGAUAAUUUGAACUCCCUGCGCGAGGCAAUGGGUGUUUUGCAGCACCACGACGCGAUCACAGGCACGGAAAAGCAGCGCGUCGCCGACGAUUACGCUCGCAUUUUGAGCAGGGCGAUUGGUGCCUGCGACACAUCCACGUCUCAGCUUUUAAAGUUGCUCACGACAAAGGUAGACUCGCAGGAUAACCUUAUUUUCUCGAGGUGCCCAUCGUUAAAUCAAAGCGAAUGCUCAGUUAGUGAAGAAUCCAACACUUUCGUGGUUACAAUUUACAAUCCGUUAGCGAAGAAAGUAAACAAAUUCGUCCGCUUGCCUGUUUCUAAAGAAAAUGGUUUCACUGUUACGGACCUGUCGGCAGGCAAAACACUGGAAGUGCAGUUCGUGCCAAUUCCUCGUUCAGUGGAAGCGAUUCCGGUGAGGCUCGGCAAGGCAAAGCACGAACUUAUUUUUGAGGCCGUCGACCUGCCCCCUCUUGGCUUCAAAAGUUUCCACGUCAGUUAUCAGGGACGAAGCAGGCGUCGCGUUUUGAGGGACACGAAAAAACAGGAAACGGAUAUUUCCAACGAAAUUUUGACCAUUUCGUUUGACGACGAAAGCCACUUAAUAGAAUCAGUCAGCGUGAAUGGAAAAAAGACCAAGCUUACUCAGGAGCUCAUGUUUUACAAGUCAGGAAAGAGAUCUGUGGGUCGCAGAGCGUCUGGAGCGUACAUUUUCAGGCCUGACCCCAACACUCCAUUCCCAAUAGCCACAGACAAAGUCAAAAUCAAUUCAUACAAAGGACCUCACGUUGAAGAGGUGCACCAAGUGUUUUCCGACUGGGCGAGUCAGAUUGUGCGACUUUAUAAAGGAGCUUCGCAUGUUGAAAUCGAAUGGCUCGUCGGACCCAUUCCUACAGAUGAUUACGUUGGCAAAGAGGUGAUUUCGCGGUUCUCGACGAAGAUAGAUUCCAAGAGGAAUUUCGUGACCGACUCCAACAGCCGCGAGUACCUGAACCGCACUAGGAACUUCAGGGAAACGUGGAAGGCGGACAUUCUGGAGCAGGUUGCUGCGAAUUACUAUCCAAUCACCAGUGCCAUUUCCAUCGAGGACGAAGAGACAAAGCUGGCCGUCUUGACCGACAGGGCGCAGGGAGGCGGCAGCAUUGUAGACGGCACCCUUGAGCUGAUGGUGCACAGACGACUUGUCAACGAUGAUGACUACGGUGUGAGCGAGGUGCUGAACGAGCGUCAGAUGGGCGUUGGAAUGUUCGCUCGAGGACGCCACCUCGUUCUUGUCGGUUCGCCAAAGUCGAAUGCGACUGCUCAAGAAAGGACGUUGGUGCAGCAGGAGAUGGUGUUGCCGCCAGUCCUAUAUUUUUCACCCACAUCACUUUCUGCUGAAGAGUGGAAGGGAAAAUAUCGCACUGAGUUUUCUGGUGUGAAAAUGGAGUUGCCUGAGAACGUCCAUCUCCUCACUUUGGAGCCGUGGAAGGAUGGGAAGAUUUUGCUCCGAUUUGAGCAUAUAAUGGAGAAAAGUGAUGAUUUAAGACUCUCAAGAGCAUCUGAAUUCUCGAUGCAGGAUUUGUUCGAGGCAAAAGUACAAAAAGUGACAGAAAUGACUCUGGGGGCCAAUCAGAUACUGUCAUCAAGCCGAAGGUUCAAAUGGAACGAAGACAAAAUCACGUCUGGAACUAACAAUGAUCAAGAUAGGACGGCCCCAGAGAGGAAUAUUGUUCAAAGUGCUGAUAAUUUCAAGGUGAUCUUGUACCCGAUGCAAAUACGCACAUUUGUUGUUGAAUUCUAAAUAAAUACAAAAAUAAUGAAUCA